AUGGCGGCCAACAACAUGGUAAACCCUCCGGUGGACCUCAAGACCGAGGACGAGAUCUUCGCGAAGGAGGUCGAGGAGGUGAAGAGAUGGUGGAGUGAGUCGAGGUGGAGGAACACCAAGCGGCCCUUCACGGCCGAGCAGAUCGUCUCCAAGAGGGGCAACCUCAAGAUCGACUACCCGAGCAACGCACAAUCAAAGAAGCUGUGGGAUAUCCUCGAGGGGAGGUUCAAGAACCGAGAUGCGAGCUACACCUACGGCUGCUUGGAACCCACAAUGGUCACACAGAUGGCCAAAUACCUCGACACCGUCUAUGUCUCUGGGUGGCAGUCGUCCUCAACAGCGUCCGCCUCGGAUGAGCCCGGUCCAGAUCUGGCUGAUUACCCCUACACCACCGUCCCGAACAAGGUCUCGCACCUGUUCAUGGCACAGCUCUUCCACGACCGAAAGCAGCGACAGGAGCGCCUGACGACACCCAAAGAGCAGCGCGCCAACGUCGCAAACAUCGACUACCUGCGCCCCAUCAUCGCGGACGCGGACACAGGCCACGGCGGCUUGACGGCGGUGAUGAAGCUGACGAAGCUGUUCAUUGAGAAGGGCGCCGCGGGCAUCCACAUCGAGGACCAGGCACCCGGCACCAAGAAGUGUGGUCACAUGGCCGGCAAGGUGCUGGUGCCCAUCAGCGAGCACAUCAACCGCCUGGUUGCCAUCCGGGCGCAGGCGGACAUUAUGGGCUCCAACCUCCUCGCCAUCGCGCGAACCGACGCCGAGGCGGCGACGCUCAUCUCGACGACCAUCGACCCCCGCGACCACGCCUUCAUCCUCGGCACGACCAACCCGAACCUGCAGCCUCUCAACGACCUGAUGCUGGCGGCCGAGCAGGCGGGCAAAAUUGGCGACCAGCUGCAGGCGAUCGAGGACCAGUGGCUCGCGCAGGCCGGGCUGAAGCGGUUCGACGAGGCCGUCGUCGAGGCCAUCAACAAGGGCACGCACGUCGACAAGCAGGGCGCCGCGGCCAAGUACCUCAAGGAGUCCAAGGGCAAGUCGCUGGCCGAGGCGCGGGCGCUCGCCCGCGGCAUCACGGGCGUCGAGGUCUUCUUCGACUGGGACGCGCCGCGCACGCGCGAGGGCUACUACCGCCUCAAGGGCGGCUGCGACUGCGCCAUCAACAGGGCCAUCGCCUACGCCCCCUACUGCGACGCCAUCUGGAUGGAGAGCAAGCUGCCUGACUACAAGCAGGCCGAGGAGUUUGCCAAGGGCGUGCAUGCUGUCUGGCCUGAUCAGAAGCUCGCAUACAACCUCUCCCCCUCCUUCAACUGGAAGACGGCGAUGCCGCGCGCGGAGCAGGAGACGUACAUCCGGCGGCUGGCGACCCUGGGCUACUGCUGGCAGUUCAUCACGCUGGCGGGCCUGCACACGACGGCGCUCAUCAGCGACCGGUUCGCGCGGGCGUACAGCCAGGUCGGGAUGCGCGCGUACGGCGAGCUGGUGCAGGAGCCGGAGAUGGAGCAGGGCGUCGACGUCGUCAAGCACCAGAAGUGGAGCGGCGCCACCUACGUCGACGAGCUGCAGAAGAUGGUCACGGGCGGCGUCAGCAGCACCGCCGCCAUGGGCAAGGGCGUGACUGAGGACCAGUUCCACUGA